AUGUUCAAGUCCCUGCUGUCGCUGGGUCGCUCGACCAACUACUUUGUUCCCAAAGUGGACCCCAAGGUAGACGGGCCGGACUGUCUACAUGACUGCGCCAGUUGCACGACACAUUUUCCCGACAAAGUGAAAGUCGAGACUUCACUUCCAUUGUAUGGACAAAUCAAAGAGUUCCAUUCCCACAUCCUGGUGGCAACAGGCCGAACCGACUGGAAGGAGAAGGUCGAGCAUGAAAAAGGGACUCUCAUGGAGGCGUUAAACCAGCCAUCCGCCAAGUCAAAGCACGGAGUAUGUUCCGAGCAAAAGCAAUCGUGA